AUGGGAAGGCUGGCCGUUGCCGCCGCGGUGGCCGCAUGGGCUAUCCCGAUCGCCGCCUUGGUUGACUCCAUCGUGCCUGACCCCUACAUGGAUGAGAUAUUCCAUGUUCCCCAGGCGCAGCAAUAUUGCCGUGGAGAUUUCUUAACGUGGGAUCCCAUGAUCACCACCCCUCCUGGCCUGUACUACAUUUCUCUAGCAUAUGUUGCUUCUCUGUUCCCUAGUGCAUGGGCUAUUAAGGUAGCAGAGGCAUUUGACCCCCUUUGCACCACGGCACUUCUCCGGUCCACUAAUGUUAUAAUGGCAAUGGUCUGCGGUAUUCUUGUCCAUGACCUGCUUCUGUGUAUCAAGCCAGGAAUUGGCAAGACGAAGGCAACUGCUUAUGCUAUUCUUGUAGCGUUGUAUCCUGUUCACUGGUUCUUUACCUUUCUGUAUUAUACUGAUGUCGCAUCAUUAGCUGCAGUUCUUGCGAUGUACCUGUCCUGCUUGAAGAAACGGUUUUGGGUCAGCGCACUGUUCGGUGCUCUCUCAAUACUUUUCCGGCAGACUAAUGUAAUAUGGAUGAUAUUUUUUGCUGCCAAUGGAGCCAUUGCAUAUGUACAAGAUCUUUCUCUCAGUGACUGCCUUUCUGAUGAGAACAGUGAACCAACAAAUAAGUCAAGAACAGAAGUGUCUGACAGGGAUAGCAAAGUAAGUGCUUUAGGUUUGAGAAGACGACGAACUAAUCACCCCAUAAGUAAGAGGGGAGUUGUUUCUGGAUCUACUAAAUUGCACACCAGUUUUACAGAAGAACUAUUCGACAUUGGCUUCAAGUUAUGGAAUUCAAAGUGUAAAGUUUUAAUCACUUUUGCACCAUUCGCAAUAGUUCUGGUGGUAUUUGUAGCAUUUAUAAUCUGGAAUGGUGGCAUAGUACUAGGUGCCAAGGAAGCUCAUGUUGUUUCACCACAUUUUGCACAGUUAUUGUACUUUGGUCUAGUGUCAGCUACUGCCCUCCUACCGUGGCAUUUUACUCCCGGACGAGUAUCAGACUUAUUCCACUGGUGUAGAAAGAACAAAACCUUUAGUUCUCUGGCAAUGCUGAUAGCUCUUGGUUUAGGCUUUGGGGCUGUACAUUUAUUCAGCAUUGCUCAUCCGUAUCUUUUGGCUGACAAUAGACAUUACACCUUCUAUAUCUGGAGGAAGGUCAUCCAAGCUCACUGGAUGAUGAAAUACAUUUUGGUUCCACUCUAUAUGUACUCAUGGUUUUCAGUCAUCAACAUCUUAGGUGAACUUCUUCAUUUAAUUUUAGAAAAGGUUGUCAAUUUUGAGAAGUAUAAUGAACUGAAACUUCUGUUGUUUUUUCUGAUCUUUACAGGGAAAUCGCAGCCAAGAGUUUGGGUGGUGUCCUUUGUUUUCUCAGUUGCGUUGGUUCUCGUCCCUGCCCCGUUGGUCGAAUUUAGAUACUACACAAUCCCAUUGGUCAUACUGGUGCUCAAUUCCCCGGUCAUCAGUAAUGGCAAAUUGCUUGCUUUGGGGUCUGCAUAUGCUGCUGUGGAUUUGUUCACUCUGGUGAUGUUUCUGUCCAGACCAUUCCAUUGGGGCCAUGAGCCGGGAACACAAAGGUUCAUGUGGUAG